AUGUCUAAUGGAAAUCGGCUAAGUCCUGGUUCAUCAAUUCCUGUAAUGCGUGCAUCGGGCAUUCGUCGCAAGUUUUUCUUUUUUUUAAAGGAAGAGCCAAUUUUGCCGCCAGCAUGUCGCGUUGAAGUUGUUUCAAAACAGGCGACAAAAGUAUUUGCUAUUUCUACGCGACUAGAAUGGAAAAUUGAUCAAUUCGAGAAAUUAAUGAAAUUAUUCAAAAAUGGCCAUAAUCUCAUCAGUAAACAAUUCGGCUGUCCACAGGCUCCAACUGUCACAUGGGAACUUCAUGUAUAUCCUAAUGGCAAGCGUGAAGAAGAUGUGGGCAAUGUUUCAUUUUUUCUUCGUCAAGUUGGUUUACAGCGUGGCGAAGAUCCUAUAAUGACUGAGUUUCAAAUUUAUGCGCUUGAUGCAAACAAUAUGCGGGUCAGCGUUUGUAGAGAUACUAAGGAUUUUACUAAUCAACAAGGUCGCGGUAAAUUUCAGGUCUCUCGAGAAAAAAUGAGCGCGGCAUUAAAAGCUGAUGGUGCUUUAUUACUCAUCUGUGAAGUCGAAUAUUUCCCUCCGGGAUCAAAAAUAAGUGUUGAGCAAGCUAAUGAACCUGAUUUAUUGGAUGAUUUCGAAGAAAAAAGCGAAGUUUCAAUUAGAGAUUCAUUAAGGGAAAUGCUCGAAACUGAACUUUUCGCAGAUUGUACUAUAAAGGUUGGAAAUAAAACUCUAAAAGCACAUCGUUGUAUACUUGGGCAGCACAGUGAAGUGUUCCGAUCAAUGUUCGCCCAAGAAUCGAUGUUAGAAGCUCAAAAAGGAAUUAUUGAUAUUCAGGAUUGUAGAUUUGAACCAGUUCGAGCUAUGGUUGAUUAUAUAUAUACUGGAUCAACCGAAUCCGUUGAAGGUUAUGCAGAGGAUGUACUUGCAAUAGCAGAUAAAUAUGCCAUAUUACCACUUAAGGAACAGUGUGAGAGAUAUCUUUCCGGUACACUUAAUGCUAAAAAUGUUUCUUCAACAGCCAUUUUUGCAGAUACAUAUUCUGCAUCAAUUUUAAAACAGGCUUGUACACGAUAUAUGAUGAUGCAUCACCGUGAUGUUCUGCGUUCAUCUGAAUGGAAACAAAUGAAGAAAGAAAGAUAUGAAUUGGCGAAUGAUCUUUUAGAAUCCGUAUUGUCAGGUGAGGCAUCGCCUGGAACAAGCGAUUACAGUUAUUGCAAUAGCGAGGAAAAUAGUUCUUCAAGUUCGGGAAGUAACGAUACUCGAACACAACUUCGCAAACGUGUUAGGAGAACGAAAUGA